UUGGAAUUACUUCGGACUCAAACUAAUCUAUCUAUCUAUCUAUCUAUCUAUCUAUCUAUCUAUCUAUCUAUCUAUUAUAUGUUACUAACUGAAAGGCAUAAACGCGACACGCCUACAAACCUACUAAAAUGCAAAAUCUAUCUAUCUAUCUAUCUAUCUAUCUAUCUAUCUAUCUAUCAAUCUAUUUCAAACUUAGCUCAAUAUGGCAACCCCGCUUCUUCUUCUGGUUCUUCUUCAUUUUCUUCUUUUUCUUCUUCUUCUCCUACAUCAUGUUCUACUUGUAUUUCUUUUUCUUUCUUAUUCCUUUCUUCUUUUCUUUCUUUUUCUUCUGCCGGUGUACUUCAUGUUCUUCAUUUGCUAUUUUCUUCUUCUUCUUCUUCUAUUUCCUCUUUUUUCUUUUCUUCAUCAUGUUCUACUUGUUUUUCUUUUUCUUCCUCUUCUUCUGCUUCUUUUCUUUGUUUCCUCCUCUUCUUUUCUUCUUCUUCUUCUUCUCUUACUUUGUUUCUUCUUCUUCUUCUUUGUUUCUUCUUCUUCUUCUUCUUCUUCUUCAUUUCUUCCUCCUCCUCCUCCUCCUCCUUCAUUAGCUCCCUCUCUCUCUCUCUCUCUCUAGAUAUCUCUCUCUCUCUCUCUCUCUCUCUCUCUCUCUCUCUUAGUUGCGAUAUAUGA